AUGGACUCCUCCUCCUCCUCCUCCGCCCCUCCACGGAAGAGAUUCGGCACCGAUAUCAAUCGCUACCUUGGCGUGCAGUUUCCAGCUGAGAGGAUCAGGGUCGUUGGACAUAGUGCAACUCAGAGGAAUAGUCGGUCACGACUCAGUCUACAGCGAUUCAACAGUUCGGCGCUGUCGUGGCGGGAUACGAUGAAAUCCAAACUCUCCUCCUCGACUUCCACGGCCAUAGCACCCACAGCAGCAGCCACACCACCUUCAGCAGAAGACCAUGAUCCUCGUCGCAGCGCCAUGAUACGUCGUUGGAAGAAUCGCUCGGCUUCCUCUGCUAUGCAGCUCGAGACACCUAUUAAAGACCGCACGAAUACUCUCACCCCUACCGCGGAGUCCGCUCGCAGCAUGACUGGAGGGAACUAUUACGGAGGCGGAGGUGAUGGAGGUGGAGACACGACGUUCUUGCCGGAACUGCACAGUACACCGCCUAUGCCUACGUUCCAGAAACCUACUAUGGUGGCUGUUGAUACUAGUCCGGGGAGUCCGAGGAGUGAGGGGAUGGGGAUUGGGACACGGGAGAAGAGGAAGGACGAUACGCCUGCGCUCGCGAGACGGGGCAGGGGUAAGAGCGAAGCUGUGCCCUCGUCCACUCAUUCGGCAGAGGAUCGCUACCACCUCAAUGCCCCCGCAACCACACGAUCCCUCCCUACCUCACUCCACGACCAACCCGAAGAAACAACACCAGCCGCCGGCCCCCUCCCCACCAACUGGCUCGAACAACACGACCGGGCCAUCUGCCUCCUCGACGUCCGCGGCUACCCUCUCCCCACCAUCGUGCUGAAAAUGCGUCGGACGUUCCCGGGUUUGAGUGGCAUUUUGACGACGGGGAUGGUGGAUAGGCGGUUGAGGCAGUUGGAUCAGAUUGUUGAGGUGGAUUAUUGGCGGGUUGGACUUUUGGGGACGAAGAAGAGUGGGGUUUUUGGAUGGGAGUGGGACCAGAGCAGGCGAGAGUAG